AUGGGUGGCUUCACAUUAGCUGGCGGACAGGGCUUUUUCAUGCGUGGUUGGGGCGCAACCGUAGAUCAAUGGGUCACUGAGCUGGAAGUCGUUGUUCCAGAUGGAUCUUUGAUCCGAGCUAAUGCCAGUGAGAAUGCGGACGUCUUUUGGGCGGCAAGAGGCUCUGGUCAAGGGUUUUUUGGGGUCGUGACUAAGUUCUGGCCUAAUGGUAAACUCUUUAACGAAGUUCUUACAUUGGCAAUCGAGCAAAAUGAGAAGACGCCUAAAUAUGGCACAGAAGUUGCUGUUUGUACUUUUUUUCCAGAGAAGUUCAAUCCAACUAUCGAAAGCGAUGAGAUCAGUGAGCCUUCGUCGUUGAUGAUGUCAAUUACCGCUGCUGCCUAUGUCGACUCAAUAUCAGAAGCCGAGACUCUACUUAGUGCCUUCGAUUAUGUCCCCGAUGGGUUGGCGGAGGUUGUAGCAGGUCCUGCUCCGGUCAUUCUCAAGAGUUGGAAAGAAGUGUUUCAAGAACAAGAUAUGCUUGUUCCUUACGGAAACGGCGAAAUUUGGCAUAUUGAUAGUAUUCUAAAUGACCCAAGUAUCCCGCUUCCAGAAAUGAUCGAAGCAAUCAAGCCUUCCCAAACCCAGCUGCCUACGAGACAGUCUGUUGGGGUCAUCUACAUCGGUGACACUUAUCCAGACGUUGGAAAAAUGGCCUUCAGUCUGCCUCAACAGUAUUACAUCUCAACCUUCACCUGCACUAAAAAUCCUACUAAAAUACCUGCUCUCCGCAACUGGAUGAAAAACGUCUAUAGAGAAGCGGAGAAGGUUGCAUGUGAGGCUUGA